GGGGAGAAGAGAGGGAGGAGAGGAGCGAGAAAGGGGGAGAAGCGAGGGAGGAGAGGAGAGGGAAAGGGGGAGAAGAGAGGGAGGAGAGGAGAGAGAAAGGGGGAGAAGAGAGGGAGGAAAGGACAGAUGACGUUUCUGAGAGGAAGAAGAGGAGCAGUGAAGAAGAUAGGAUAGAGACGAGAGAGGGAGGGGCCAAGAGAGCACGACAAAACCACACAGAGAACGAGACCUGCUCCAAACCAGGAGGAGGAGCCUCAUUGCCAGGCGACUGGCCCUGUAUCUCCGUGGUGAUGUGUGUGGAAGGAAAGGAGGGCGUGGCCUGGCGGAACGAGGGGAUUGCCUGUGAGGGAGAAGAGGCUGGGUUAUCUCUGUGUUUCUCUGUGAGGGCUGAUCUCAUUGGUCAAAUUCAGCGGUGGGAGCGGGACCCCAGGAACUGUCCAUUACAGGAGAGAGAGACAGACGGACAGACCAGAACGGUAGAGCUGUUGUUUGUGAGGUCGUCAGUACGCUGGUUUCCUCUGAUCCAGGCUGGAUCUUUCUACAGACUCAUCGCUCCUAACACUCAGGAUCCCAGUGUUCUGAUUGGCUGCCGUGUUGCUGGGAGGAGUGGUGUAGAGCUCCAUACGAACCCCUCCCUCCUGGUGCGCUCUGAUUGGAGGAUCCACACCCUGACCCACCCACUCCUGACCACACCCUACUCCCAGUUCAUUUCUCAGAAGGUCAUGUCUGUGGUUGAGGUCCUGGACUGCAGCAGUGGGGUGGAUCUGGUCUCGUUCCAUGGAGUCAUCUCUCAGAGGAUCACCCUACAGAGAGGAACGACCACACACACUCCCACACAGAGAGACGUGGAGGCAGGGCUGAGUGUGAGGUUGACGGUGUGUGUGGAGCCCAGAGGGCGGAGCCUGCAGGUCUAUUUGGACCUAAGCCGCACCCCCUACCCUCCCGGCCUUUUACCUGGAAACACUGUCCUAUUUACCAGCUUCCAACGCAGGCUGUCACGGGUAGGAGGGGUGUAUUGUCGUUCUGUCCCAGUCAGCUGUUUGACCAUCAUGGCCCUGGGAAAGACUGACACCCAGUCAUGUGACUCUCCUCCGCCCAUGAUCCUUCUGGGUGUGUGGGCAUUGGCAGGGGCGGAGCAGUGCAUUGUGGGCCGGGUCAGAGGUCACGUGGUGUGUGUUCUCUACCUGCAGCUGCAGUGGACUUGCUCUCUGUGUGGCAGUAUAUACACGCAGGAGAGGUGUACUAGGUCUCAGCCUCCCUGUAAUUCUACCUCUGCUGUGUUUCAGGCCGAAGCCAAGGCAGCUGUAGAGGACGGCAGUGGAGAGGCCCAUAUUCGGUUUUCCUGUCCAGUCAUUUCCGGUCUACUGGGGUUAGCCAUGCCCCAGUGGGAGGGGCUUCAGAGGUCACUGAGGGUCAGAGGUCACCUCAGGGUCUACACACGGGGGCGGAGCCUGGUGAGUGAUGUGGACGCUGAAGACCCUCUCCUCCAGUACCUGUCCUGUGUGUGUAGCAGCAGCACUGUGUGUCGCCCGCUAACUCUCAUCUGCACUCUACACACACGUUCACACACACCUGCUGCACGCAGAGAGGACUCUGCCCAGCUGAAGAGGUUUACCCGAGGAGACAGAGAGUUUGUGACUCGGAUGCCCCCCCCUCUCCAACUCACCUGUACACACAUCCUGCAGGAGAGAGAGCGGGACUGAGAGAGCGAAAGGGAGCGAGGGACUGAGGGAGACUGAGGGGGAGCGAGUGAGGGAGGUAGGGAGCGGGACUGAGGGAGGUAGGGAGCGGGACUGAGGGAGUGAGCGAGGGACUGAGGGAGCGAGCGAGGGGAACUGAGGGAGCGAGCGAGGGGAACUGAGGGAGCGAGCGAGGGGAACUGAGGGAGCGAGCGAGGGGAACUGAGGGAGCGAGCGAGGGGAACUGAGGGAGCGAGCGAGGGGAACUGAGGGAGCGAGCGAGGGGAACUGAGGGAGCGAGCGAGGGGAACUGAGGGAGCGAGGGACAGAGGGGGAGGAAAGGGAGGGAGGGACUGAGAUACAGAGAUGGAGAGAGGGAGACUGUUUAUGUAAUCAAAUGUUGAUCUGUUGUUAAUAAAUUAUUUCAUUUUU